CCCAUAUCAAAGGACAUCAUGAGCUGCAAUUUACAACGACUUAAUUUUAAUUCAUAAAUCGUUCUACAUUGAUCUUUAUGAUCAGUACCGUCGAACAUUUAUUAAAGCAUCCACCGGUUUCAGAACAGCAAUCGACAGAAUGAGGCUAAUGAGAAUGGUCGAAACAAUUGUGGUUAUGGUGCUCUUCGUAGGCAUCAUCUCGCCAGUGCAGGUCAUGUAUGAGGGAUUUUCACAAACGAACGGUUCUGAAGUUGUUGAGUUUGAUAUGCGGGUCCGGAAGAUCAACCGUACGACGGCAGCACUCAAUGGAAAAGCGACAAUAAAGGAGGAUCUCACCAAUAAGUUUAUAUGUCAAGCCGACGCACUCCAUAGUCCCAAAGGCAACAAUCAGUACAACGUGUACCCGAUGAAAAUAUCUCCAACUGGACUCUGCAAUUUCACCAACAAAGUAUGGUCCGAUUACCAUCCCUACUUUGAGCGGUACAGCGAAGAUAUGAUGCAGAUCGACGAGUGUCCGGUGCUUCAGAGGGUGGUCCUGUUCAAGGAUAUGAUUGUUGAUAAGAAAAUGUUUCCUCGGUACAUACCCAGCGGUCUUUGGAGAAUACUAGUACAGUGCAGCGAGGAUAUGGGGCGAAGUUUUGGCUUUGAGAUGAAAAUGAAGGCGUAUGAAGAUGGGUAUUUCUAGAUGUGUGAGGUGAUGUACAUUGAAGAUGGUAAUUACAUUUUAUUGUGGCAAGCAUGUUCGAUCACAGAGAAAUCGCCUAUGAUAUUUCUAAAUUUUCCCAAAUUUUUUUAACGCAUCCAGACGCUCUUAUAAUAACGCAAUUUGUUCCAAAUUGAUGCUACGUAUAACAGUUGAAAAUGUUCUCAAAUCUUGAUCAAACAUUUUUAGAACUGUGCAACAUUUUUUACAAGUAAUUCUCUCCAAGUUAAUUUCAAAGAUGCAACUGUGCACUAUUUUCAAUGUACUUGGGCUUCAAUACCGGAAUUCCUUUGCGACAAUUUUUGGGCAAUAUGUAGCAUGCGGCAUAGACUUCUACAUAAUUUAUGUGAAAAUUGUCGUCCGACGACUUACCGUUCAGUGCUGCCUCGACGUAAAACGUUAUCAGAAACUUCUUGUGUAAAUUCUCUUUGUAACUAAUAUUUUAGAAUACUUAUACCCAGGGUUGCCAACUAUAAUUUGAAAAAAUCAGGAUAAAUCAGGAUAGCACAUAUUGGGUUGUCCGAAAAGUUAAUGUCAUUUUUAUAAUCAGGAUAAAUUGAGUGUUCAUCAGGAUAUCAGGGAGCGUGCUAAAAAGUCUGGGUAAUCCUGAAAAAUCAGGAAGGUUGGCAUCUCUGCUUAUACCAGAUGCAAUGU